AUUUUAGUUUGGAGUUUUUCGUUAUUAUUGUGCGGUGUUAAGCGUCCACAGUCACAGCCACGGCAUGAAGGAGUGGCCCAUUUAUCGGCUCAAAUGAUUGGUUUGUGCAUCAGAUUUCGCCCACCACUUAAAAAAAAAGCAUUGGGUUACAGACGGAACCAGGACCGUCUGAACAGCACAAACUAGGACAUUCCUGCCCCGGUCCGUGUCCGUUUGGUCAUCAGGCUGAUAGCAGUCCCGACGGUUUCCACAUAACUCGCCCUUACGGUUCACCUCAGAUGACGGGACCAUUUUCCCUUAGCGUAAAAAACGCUGAUCUUGGAUCUGUUUCGGCGAUUCGGCUCGCUAUAGACAGGGCAGGACUCCGAUCCUAGAUCAGCCCUCACACUCGGAGAGUUUGAAGGCAGGCCGUGAUCCCUCCCUCUCCGCGGUGACUCCCCAGCCCCGGAGUCCAUCGCUGUCCUCGCCCCUUUUCCAUUCCCGAGCGCGGCGACCGCAGGCAACGGUGCAACAGUGCGUCUUCUCGUUGACGGGCUGCGCUCAUCCAUACUUUUACCCCACUCCGUAAGGGAGGAGAAAGAAGACGCUCAAAACCGCAAACAAAUAAGCGCACACCCAAAGAAAGAACUUGGAUGCGUUGCGCUCCGUACCAGCGCGGAGCACAGCCUCAGUCUCUCCGCGCUCAUUUCCUCUUUUCUCGGGGAGAAGAAGAUUGCAGGAUUGUUUCGGAGAGCUGGCUUCUGCUUCCCUUUUCGGUCGUGUGUGUGUGUAUGUGUGUGUGUGUUGACGUUAUAUAAGACGUUUCUGUUUGUUACUGUACGCGGAGCUCGGGCUUGUGAGAAAAACGCCCCGUUCUGUCCAGCUUGUUGCAUGACGCUCGUGUCUUGCUGAAGUUUCCAGAUGCAGAGGAAUCAAACGCCAUUUGCGCUCGGCGUCCACGCAAAGUGUGAGUCGGAUCGUUACGCCCUGCAGCGUUAAGAGACGUUUUACACACUUGGUCAUUGUGAAUUUCGGAGCGAAAGGGCACGGCUUGUUCAUUCCCUACGCGACCGCGCCGACGGAGGAACAUUUCGCGUCUCGAUUUGGACUCACUGGGGGAAGAGAGCACGUUUGUACCACGGGACUCGGGAUUUACCAGGUCCACAAUACCUGAACGCGCUGACGGAGGAGGAUCGUCCCGGGAGACGCGCAUUCUGUGGCUCCCCAUGUGCCUGGUUCCCUAAAAGAGGCCUUUUAACGCCGAGGAAGUUGUUCUGCGUGGACGACUAGACACGGUACCAUGCCAGCCCUGGCCAGCUUUCCUCUCCUGGGCUCCUUCCUCUAAUGGUUCUUCUCCAUUUCCUGCAAGAAGACAACCAAGCGUUUCGUGUGUUUCCUCGGAAAGCCAAAGCCGCUGCGCCGGUGCAAACUUCGCCCUCCAUUGGGAGCAUUCCUCUUGGCCCGUGAGACUUGAGCGACGCAUCGGAACCGGUGGGGCUGAGCGACAGCUGCCAAUCCAAAAUGGCCAACAACACUGCGGACCACCCGCCGGGGAACUCGGUGGCCGAGGGCAACCAUGACGGGGACUUCGGCUGCAAGCUGAUGGAGCUCCGAGAGCUGAUGGAGCUCCGAAGUGCGGAGGCGGUGGCCAAACUCAGAGACAUGUAUGGAGACGUGCAGAGCGUUUGCCGUAGGCUGAAAACCUCACCAAUUGAAGGGCUCUCCGGGAACCCGGUGGACCUGGAGAAGCGUCACGCUGCUUUCGGGAAAAACUUCAUCCCCCCUAAGAAGCCCAAGACCUUCCUGCAGCUGGUUUGGGAGGCUCUGCAGGAUGUGACUCUCAUCAUCCUGGAGAUAGCAGCCAUCAUCUCGCUGGGCUUGUCCUUCUACCACCCGCAGGGGAACGACAGCAACGUCUGCGGCCAGGUCAGCGGCGGCGUGGAGGAUGAGGGCGAGGCGCAGGCUGGCUGGAUCGAAGGUGCGGCCAUCCUCUUCUCAGUCAUCAUUGUGGUGCUGGUGACGGCCUUCAACGACUGGAGCAAGGAAAAGCAGUUCCGUGGGCUGCAGAGCCGCAUCGAGCAGGAGCAGAAGUUCACCGUCAUCCGCAACGGCCAGGUCAUCCAGAUUCCCGUGGCCGAGAUCGUGGUGGGUGACAUCGCCCAGAUCAAAUACGGCGACCUCCUUCCGGCGGACGGUAUUCUGAUCCAGGGCAACGACUUGAAGAUCGACGAGAGCUCGCUGACCGGAGAGUCCGACCAGGUCAGGAAGUCGCUGGAGAAGGACCCCAUGCUUCUGUCAGGCACUCACGUGAUGGAGGGCUCCGGAAGGAUGGUGGUUACUGCUGUGGGUCUGAACUCGCAGACCGGAAUCAUCUUCACCCUCCUUGGAGCCGGUGGUGAGGAGGAAGAGAAGAAGGUGAAGAAAGGUAAAAAACAAGGAGCCCCUGAAAAUCGCAACAAAGCUAAGACCCAGGACGGCGUUGCCCUGGAGAUCCAACCCCUGAAGAGCGAAGAGGGCGUGGAGUCCGAGGAGAAGGAGGAGAAAGUGGUCAAGAAGGUCAACGUCACCAAGAAGGAGAAAUCUGUCCUGCAGGGCAAAUUGACCAGGCUGGCCGUACAGAUCGGGAAAGCAGGUCUCAUCAUGUCCGCCGUGACGGUCAUCAUCCUCAUCUUGUACUUUGUGAUCGACACGUUCGGGGUGCAGGGGCGGGAGUGGAAAGCAGAGUGCACGCCCAUCUACAUCCAGUACUUUGUCAAGUUCUUCAUCAUUGGUGUGACGGUGCUGGUGGUUGCUGUUCCGGAGGGGCUGCCUCUCGCUGUCACCAUCUCGCUGGCCUACUCGGUCAAGAAAAUGAUGAAAGACAACAACCUGGUGAGACACUUGGACGCCUGCGAGACCAUGGGCAAUGCCACGGCCAUCUGUUCUGACAAGACCGGCACGCUCACCAUGAACCGCAUGACGGUUGUGCAGGCCUACGUAGGCGACACGCACUACAAGACUGUCCCAGAGCCCGAGGCCAUCAAGCCCCAGACUUUGGAGCUCAUGGUGAACAGCAUCUCCAUCAACUCGGCCUAUACCACCAAGAUCCUGCCUCCAGAGAGAGAGGGUGGACUCCCGAGGCACGUGGGUAAUAAGACUGAGUGCGCCCUCCUGGGGUUGGUGAUGGAUCUGAAGAGAGACUACCAGCCCAUCAGGGAUGAAGUUCCCGAGGAGAAGCUCUACAAGGUCUACACCUUCAACUCGUCACGAAAGAGCAUGAGCACGGUCCUGAAGAACGCCGACGGGUCAGGAUUCCGCAUGUACAGCAAGGGCGCAUCCGAGAUCGUCCUACGCAAGUGUUCCCACAUCCUGGACGCUGCAGGCCAGCCCCGGGCCUUCAAGCCUAAGGACCGGGAUGAAAUGGUGCGGAAGGUGAUCGAGCCCAUGGCUUGUGACGGCCUAAGGACCAUCUGUGUAGCCACCCGGGACUUCGUGGGCGCGGAACCCGACUGGGACAACGAGGCAGACAUCCUCAACAACCUGACCUGCAUCUGCGUGGUGGGCAUCGAAGACCCCGUCCGUCCAGAGGUUCCUGAGGCUAUCGCCAAGUGUCAAAAGGCAGGCAUCACGGUGCGCAUGGUUACGGGCGACAACAUUAACACUGCCCGAGCCAUCGCUACCAAAUGCGGCAUCCUUCUGCCAGGUGAGGACUUCCUGUGCCUGGAGGGCAAAGAGUUCAACCAGCAAAUCCGUAACGACAAAGGAGAGGUGGAACAGGAGCGUCUGGACAAGGUCUGGCCCAAGUUGCGCGUCCUGGCCCGUUCCUCCCCGACAGACAAGCACACCCUGGUGAAAGGCAUCAUUGACAGCACAGUGGGAGAGACCAGACAGGUGGUGGCAGUUACCGGAGACGGCACCAACGAUGGUCCCGCCCUCAAAAAGGCUGACGUCGGCUUCGCCAUGGGCAUCGCUGGCACGGACGUUGCGAAGGAGGCCUCGGACAUCAUCCUGACCGACGACAACUUUACCAGCAUCGUCAAGGCCGUGAUGUGGGGCCGCAACGUGUACGACAGCAUCUCUAAGUUCCUACAGUUCCAGCUCACUGUCAACGUGGUGGCCGUGAUCGUGGCCUUCACCGGGGCCUGCAUCACACAGGACUCUCCACUGAAAGCAGUGCAGAUGCUGUGGGUGAACCUGAUCAUGGAUACACUGGCCUCCCUGGCCCUGGCCACUGAGCCGCCCACCGAGGCCCUGUUAUUGCGGAAGCCUUACGGUCGGGACAAGCCCCUCAUCUCCCGGACCAUGAUGAAGAACAUACUGGGUCAUGCCGUCUACCAGCUGGUGGUCACCUUCACCCUGCUGUUCGCUGGGGAGAGGUUCUUCAACAUCGACAGCGGCCGCAACUCCCCGCUACACGCGCCGCCUUCCGAGCACUACACCAUCAUCUUCAACGUCUUUGUCAUGAUGCAGCUCUUCAACGAGAUCAACGCCCGCAAGAUCCACGGCGAGAGGAACGUGUUUGAGGGCGUGUACCGCAACCCCAUCUUCUGCAGCGUUGUCCUGGGAACCUUCGCGCUGCAGAUCAUCAUCGUGCAGUUCGGUGGCAAGCCUUUCUCGUGCACAGCCCUGACGCUGGAUCAGUGGCUGUGGUGCAUAUUCAUUGGCGUGGCGGAGCUGCUGUGGGGGCAGUUCAUCUCUGCCGUCCCUACACACCGCCUCAAGUUUCUGAAGGAGGCCGGUCACGGCAUCACCAAGGAGGAGAUCCAGCAGGAGGAGCAGACGGAGGACGUGGACGAGAUUGACCACGCCGAGAUGGAGCUCCGCCGUGGCCAGAUUCUGUGGUUCCGAGGGCUGAACCGCAUCCAGACUCAGAUGGACGUUGUUUAUACAUUCCAGUCGAGUCAAACCGCAGUGCCCGGUGCCCUGCGCCGCCAGCCCUCGGUGGUCAGCCAGCACAACGACGCAAAAACUGUUUCUAGCCCCACCCAUAUUAAGGUGGUCAACGCAUUCCGCAGCUCACUGUAUGAAGGCCUAGAGAAGCCAGAGUCCAGAAGCUCGAUCCAUAAUUUCAUGUCCCACCCCGAGUUCAUGCCCCAUGCAGAGGAAGAGGUGCGCGUACCCACCAUAGAGGAGAGCAGCGCCGAGAUCGAACUGCUCCCUUCCACCUCCGCCUCUCCCAGCAAGGGUGGAGGCACGCCCCCAGACAGCUCUCUCCACACUCGCAAGCCCUCCAUGUGAAUCCGCCCCCACCGCAUCCUCUCACCCCAUACGGCGAACGCCGCUCGCUCGCCUUUAAGGAUGCGUCUACCACGGGCGAUGGCAACCCCACCACCCUCCACCCACGGUCCUCUGCACCUCCGCCUUCCUCUGCUCCACCUCAACUUGCACUGUGGCAUAGGUGCUUUGAAAGCUCGUGAGGCCGGCCCCUGGCUGUCACUUGCCCUGAGAGGCUGCCGUGGAAGCUACUGCCUCUCUCUCUCUCUGUCUGUCACUGACAUUAUAUCUUUUACAGGUCUAGUUUUUGUUUUUUUUUCUCUCUCUUUCUCUCACACACUUUCUUUGAAAUGCUGUCUUCAUGAUUUGUUUCCUUGGACAUUUUUCAUAGAUUUUUUUUGUUUGCUAAUAAAGCAACUUCUUUUAUGUCUUAUGGUGGUGUUUUGAAACACGUAGGAUAUGUGCAUCACUGUAGCUCUCUAUUCAGCAGUGUCUUUAAAACGUUUUACCACAUUUUAUUUAUUUUUUAUUUUUUAACUGCCAGGUCUUAAGUAGUUCAGACACACUACAUUCUUGUUAUUUUCCAAAUACAUUCAUUCGUGUACGAGUCCCUGUGUUUAGUUCAUCUCUGGUUCUCUAUUUAUGUCGUUGUUUUUGGUUUGUCUGCACAGACGUUUGGCUGCUAUAGAGAAGGCAGAUGGCAGCCGUAUCUGAAAGCGUCCGUGACUCCAGCCUGUCGUUACAGUGCAGGGCUGAGGUGAUCCAGCCGUCAACUCAUCCAUUCGCGUCACUGGGUCUCUCUAGUCUCUCGUAGUACAAGCCGCAGACCCCCUGACUGCCUAAAUAAACAAAAGUUGAACCGAAUGCCCCAAUGCCCCUAGAAUUACGUCUUUAAUAAGGUACAGCACGUCGCCAUAGAAUGCAUGUAACGUUCCGUAGUGUCAUCUGUGUUUGACUUUACUGGGAGUGGGGUUUAUCUUUUCGGGGAUGGUGGUACCAAAUGACUGACUGACACACACACACACACACACACACACACACACACACACACACACACACACAUAUACACACACACACAUAUAUAUAUAUAUGCGCGUGGGUGCAAGCGCGCCCUCGGUUUCGGAACUCUUCCGUUUGCUCCACGUUAGCCUGCACGUGCCAUUCUGACCAAGGGACGAUGACUUACACCGGAAGACCGUAGAAGGGUACGUGCAGGACUAGUCGGGCCGAUACACAUAUUCCAUAUGCUUACCAAUUGAAGGAAAGGAAAAAACAACAACAAAACAUAACUGCAUAAACCACUGAGUAUUUACGCAAACCCCAGGCCUCUGUCGAGCGUGCCAAUGGCAUGUUCGUGGAGCAGAGAGCACGGAAUCCCAACAGCGCUCGAGCUUUGGCACGAGCGCAGCCUGCCCGACACAUGCUUCAAAUUACCAGAACCGUAGUACUGCCAUCUUCCCGUCCUCGCUUCAUACCGAUCUAGGUUAAACGGAGUCCUCGAUGCGCGCCUUUUUCUACUUGCUCAGAGCCAUAUUUUAUAGGUUUUCUUUUAUAUCCCUUUCUUUAGGUUUUUUUUGUUUGUUUGUUUUUUGUUUUGCUUUGUUUUUUUGUUUUUUAAUUUUAUUUUAUUUUUGCAAUACUUGCUUUAUAUUUCCAGCCAAAAUCAAAACGCAGAGAGUCACUGCCUAAAAACGAUCACGGAUCACUCCAUGUUUAAGGAACAAAGGCUAAGUUUAGAUGAAGCCACACUUCCCUCUACUGGUAAUGUUCUUUAUUUUACUUUAGUAAAACGUAAUGUGUUACUAUGGGGAAGUGUGUGUGAAUUUCAUAUAAAACUCAAUGUUCGGUUCUUUUUUACAACUGUUCUGUAUUUUUAUAUUAAGUAGUUUUUAAUAUUUUGGAAAUAUAUGAAUUAUAGGUGUAUAGGCUUGGAAAGCGUAGUGAUGUAACAAAAUUAGUAAAGAAAACAGAGAACAUUUUUGCAGUUAUACUAAUACUUUGCCAUGUUUGCAACCAUGCUGGUUAUGAGAUGGUAUGGAGAGAAAGAGGGUGUGACUUGUUUACUUUAAAAGCCAUGGCUUCGGUCAAACUCGCAGCUGAGACGCCCUUAAAUCUCCUCAUGUGAUCAUGUUGGCAUGAGGAAAGGGUCUGUGUACUUUGGCAAAAUAAAAGUCUUUAUAAUAUCAGCUUGUCAUAUGUCCACUAAACUGGAUACUUUAAAAUGUUACAGACAAUUGUGUUGAUAUGACUAGUUAAAAUAAGGAUAUUGUAGUAUGCUUAAGAAGAAAAGAAGCGAUUAGAAUGCACAUUUCAUUCAAUAUGUGCAUUGACACAGUGUUUUUGUUCAUCAAUAUGGUUUUAGGGUAACUUAUUUUUCAUUGUUUACCUUCUUUUGCCUCUGUAGUUUUUCAUGGGCUUUUCUAUCCCGUGAUAGACUAUUAGAGUUCAGCUGAAUCACGAUUGGAGUAAAGUCAUGUCUCCCUGGUUUGUCUUUACCCUGUUGUAAUCGUCUAACUUCAAUAUCAGUCAUGAAGACACAUUUAAACUCUUUUGCUUUAUAUGCUCAACUCAUGACCAUGUCUGGCAUGUACUACGUUUAGUGUACUGUUAUAAAAAAAAAAAAAAAAAAAAAAAAGAUUCUGAAAGCAGUCAGUGGUAAGCAAGUGAAGCUUUAAGAAAGUUCUGCCAAAGUGUUGAUCUGUACAAUAAUUUCUUAAUUUAUCAUUUUAAUGCUGUUGUUCCUUAGUUUAUUGGUUCCUCCAUGAAUGUGUUCUGUGUUACUGAAAUGACACUAUUUUGUUCCCAAAUACCGCAUGGUCCUACCGAGAGUAUAGAGUUGUAAGAAAUACUUAUGAAAGGAUCUGAUAAUGGAGAAUCCCCAUCGCGCACCCCAGCCCCCUGCAACGUCUCAUCCUUGGACAUUUAGCAACUGUAAAAUUGUGCGAAUUGACCGCAUUCUCUCAGCCAUUUUAAUUUAAAUGUUAGCUUCAGUAUCUCUGCAGGACAAUGUUAUUGCACCAGUGGGGUUUUUUGCAUAGUGUGAAAAAAAGAAAAAAAGACAAGCACUCUGGUGUGUGAUAACUUGAAUUUGAUAGCAUUGCUACUCUGCUGAAAUUCCCUCAUAGCUCUGGAUUGGUUGGGAGAUCAGGAGUGAUGCAUCACACAUGUAAAUAAAAGGUUGCAGUUGAAAACUGGAAUAUUAGUCAUAACCACCUAUUUUGCAUAUUUACGCAAGUAAGCUCCUGCAUUAAGUACAUUCAAAAUUGUAUUUGAUUGUGAAAAGAAAAAAAGAAAUAGAGCUUCAAAUUUCUGUAACUCAUGAAUACAGUAAUAAGCACUGGUGUUAUUUUUGCAUAAACAUAAUAUCAUCUGUGUGGCAUGCAUGACUUAUAAACAAAUCGGUGGUUCCAAGCAAUAUGUACAACCUGGUGUGAGUGGUAUUUCUAGUGUCCUGUGCUGCUUAAAAGAUCUUAACUGUUCAAUAUAUGUGUUCAGUGUUCUGCAUGAUUACGAAGGGAAUGGACCUCCCAAAAUCUUUGCUUCUUCUCAGAACGAACGCCACAAGACAUGCGUACAUGCACUUCCUUUCACUUUAACAAUCAAUAGACUGUCUGACCUUGAGAAACACACACUGACACAAUGCUGUUUUAAAGGUCUGUUUUGCCAAUGGCAAGUGAAAAAUUGCAGAUAUUCCUGUAUUUUUCUUCGUUAACAUGAUCAAAUUGCUAGUAUUGGAGGCUCAGUAGUUCCUGUAAGAGCUUGAAUGUAAUCACGUUUAUUCUCCGUUUCAUAUAAACUUCAUCUUGUCUUGUACAUUACUCAUCCAAGCAUUAGUCAUCAGAAUGAAAGAAGCCAUGAAGAUGAACUGGGCAAACAGCAAUGUGCUUCUUGCCAUCUCUAAGCAGUGCAGUCUGGCCACGCUAUUAAACAUCAAAUAUGGAUCAUUUCAUUAUGAAGGUAGGCAUGACUCUCAUUGUGGGGUUCCACUUUCUUCAUGUCCAAAUGUUUAUGCACAUGCACCUUUUGUUUGAAGCAUUCCACGGUGUUUUCCAUCCUUCAGCUGGUCACUCGAGCACAUCUCCAUCAACCACAAAUGGUCCAGUAGAAGGAGAGAUUUGAUAAUGGUUUGGCAAUAUUAAAGGAUUGUUCAUCUUCUCUAUAACAGUAGUUCAAGUAAUGUUUGAUUGGUGUUCACAGGUAUAGAAAAUUAUCUGCAAAGAUAUUCCUGUCUUUUUGAUUAUUUGAAUGUUUUCAUUGACCGGCAAUUACUGUGACUGGCUGUGGUCACCUAGAAAACCGAGAAAUCACUAAACUGUGAUUUUAAAAUGACAUUGAUUCUGUUUGUUUCUCUGCUGUUUGUAUUUUAAAAUGGCAAAUCUGCCUCAGAUUUAAAAUAGUCAAUCAUGUUUAAGAUGUAUUAAAUAUUUAUCUUAUUUAAGCAUUGAUAUAGAACAUGCGUGACAUUGUACUUUUUUUCUAAAGUACAAGUGUUUCUAUCUUAAGAUAUAAAUUAAAGCAUAAAUUUAAAGUAUCUAAAAAGUGAAAAGAACAAUGUUUACGUACAUAAAAUAGCCAAUGAGUGGAUUAUUUCUUCCAUUUUAGUGUUCUUAAAAAUACUAAAUUAGGUAUGAAUAGACUUUUUAACUCUUAAAUUUAAGUAUCUGAUAAAGUUGUCAUUUUACUAGAUUAUGAACGUGAUACAACAUUUGCUGAUGGGUCGAUCGUGAUAAUCUGCAGGUGUAGUGGAUGAAAAUGAAAUCUGUUUACAUGUUCUCAUCACAGUUUGGAGAGGCUGUGACAGGCUAAGUUGGCCACAGAGGGAACGGUCCUUUUAUGUCUGAGGUCACCUGUUUACAUCGGCCACCAUGGUGACGUUUACGUGAGGCAGAUAUGCGGUGUCCUGCGCCUUUUCUUCCACUGCAUGCUGCCCUCCCGAUCACAGAAGUGCCCACCGCCAACGGCAUGGAACAAAACAUACCACUGUGUCAGUUGCCAGAAAAGCUUUACUGCCCUAACAGUUACAGCACUUGUUUGAGUAGCUGAAACAGGCCGUGAUUUGAAACAGGGCGGUGCAUUAUGCGCUUGGAAUUAUUUUUGUCAAUAGUGUGGGCUGCUACAUAUGCCUCAUUUGCUGCUGAGUUAACAGCAUCCUUACUAAACGUAAGUCAUGCCUCGCUGUUUCUAACAGGAGGGAAAUUUGUGUCAUUGCUUUGAAUUGUGAUAUUCAAGGAAGACCACUUGCAUGCUAGAUGGGUGACUUGCUAAUGCAUCUUUGUCCUGUCUCUCUGUUUACAGUUCAGCUACAUCUGCCCUGUCUUGUCAAGAUGACAGAAUAUCUGUUCUUAAUAUGUAGUAGUAUAGUACAUAAGGGCUAACAAGUCAACAGUAGUUUACCAAAUCUGUUUGAACUAAUUAUGAAAGUUUGAUUGACAGCUUUUCAUUCUUUCUUUAUUUGUUUUUGUUUUUUUUGCUUAACCUAGGUUUGACUCUGGUGUCAAAUUUUAAAUUGCCAUCUGCCAUUUUGAAAAUCAUCAUCACAUCAGCUAGAAUGGCUUCAGCUAGAGAUCGUUGGUCAUGGCACAAUGAACCCCUCGAAGUUUCAUUACCUGUCAUUAUGUGGUAGGUAGGACAUUGUCAGGCUUCACUGGAAACCAUGACAUUUUGAUUUAAUGAAGUAGGUGAUGAAGUGUUUGAACGGUUAAACAUGACCUAUUUUAUGGAUAAACAGCAUCUUUUGUCUGUGUGUGUUUCAGAUGACAAAACUACCAUUUGUUAACCCCUCCCCAUAACACUUCACUUUUUGUAAAUAUAAAUCAUCAUCAUGCCAAAAUGUCAGUCCUGUUUGCUUCCAACUAUGCAACAGAUUUAUUGAUUCAGAAUAUGAGAAAUUAUUUAUGAUCUUAUUCUCCUGUCAAAAUACUCUCCCUCUUUAUGCUUUUUUUCCUCUCCAUGGAUGCAGCCAUUACUUUAUACUAAUAAAAACGCAAGUGUAUUAUGUAUGUAUGUGUGUGAUGUGCACACAUUCUAAUUUUCUUUACUCUUUUGUAAUAUAUGAUCAUGUGGAAUGCCUUGUUCUUUAUGUCCUGUCUUUGAAGUUAACAGAACAAAGGAAAAAACUAUGAUAAGCAAUUAAGGUCAAAGUUAUUAUAUAACCAAUAUAUUAUAUAUAAAUAAAUAAAGCCAUUAGGAUUUGAAA